AUGUGGAGCAAGAAGGGUGCCGUCGACCUUUGUUGCCCGUUUCUGAAACAGGUGCAUCGGCUGACAUCAUCAUCGUCGUUCUUCCGAUUUCCGGAGAGCCAUCAACGGCGCCAUCGCCUUGUGACGACUGCCCCGCGUGAGACUGUGACAGCAAGUUUAGGUUGCAGCAGCAGCACCACCACCAGCAAUAACAACCUAGCCUGCUCAUGGGUGUGGAAUGAAACAGAGAAUUGGUGCAGUCUUUGUCUUGAGCCACACAAUGGGUGGAACGAACACCGCGGGAAGCGCGACCAUAUCUGUCUUGAGAUGUUCUACAAUGCUCUUGUACAGUACAACCGGCAGUGGACACCAGCAACAUUGUGGUGGGAAGUAGAGAAGUGUACAUUGUUGCGGCGCUCUUCUUCAGAUGCAUCGCGUCUUUGUUUGGAUAUCACACAUGAACUUUUAGGCGAAUCUUAUCUUGAUUAUGUGCAUGCCCCAACUGCAGGAAAAGACAAUCUUAGUGCUCUCAUGAAGUACUAUGACCGAGCCGAGCACUAUGAACGCAGGUUGGAGCUUUAUGCAUGCAUCCAGCAUCUUAUUGAGAACGGUAUUGUGCGUACGGACCGAACAGCGCUCAGUGGGGGGUCAUCCUUUCAUGGGUCUCUUGUAGCCUUCAAGGAGCUUUUUCCGAACCUUGUGAAUAUGUUUCCUUACGCAGAUGCCAAGGAGAUUUCCGCUUUGACGCAAAUGAUUGCAUCAACCUACAACAGUGAGACUGUCUUUGAUCUGUGCAAUUUUCGGGCCUUGUUUCCUUGGGAACAGGGACAAGAGGUAACAGAGGCAAAAAACCACAUUUCACCGUCCACUGAGGAAAUCCGGGGAGAUGCCAUUAUUCCCGAUAGUGCUGUGGGAGAGUACUCAUAUCACUGGAAAGGUGUGUUCUGUCGCGGUGUGAUGGGUCAGUUGCGGUGGGCAUUGGAGUCCGACAGCGUGGCCUGCCCACUGCAAACAGGGAAAGGGAAGAGAGGUGGGGUGUUUAGCGAUCAGUAUUGGCAUGUCCUCGCAGAGCACACGUGCCGUGCGCUUCUUGCGGAAAUGGUGUUCUGUCGCGUUUCCGAGUACGUUGUGCGGGUCGAGGGGGUAUGGCGGCGGCGCGGGCAAAAGGUGGUGCAGAGCCCAACCAUCGCGGGACGCUCAAAUGGAGACGAUGCGCUGCUGAAGUUGACUUCAAACUGGGGCAUGCUCAAGUACAUGGAUGACCACUUCUACGAAUCAUCCUUUGGAAACCAUCUGCCAAACGAUGGAAUGCCAAAGGGGAGGCGAGGCCAAGUAAAGGCAUGA